AUACGUUUUCCCAAUUGCCUGUGAACAGCCAGUGAUUUUGAGGGGGAGGCCUGCAGAUAAUUGGGGUGUUUUCGAUCGAUUCGGCUUUUGAAUGGGGUUUUUCGAGGCCAUGGGCUCAUUAUUGCUGAUUGGAGAGCGGACAUUACUGCAUGGGGGCUUAUGUGAAAUAUUUACUUUAUAUAAUCAUUCAGUUACCAGAGAUAUUGCAUCGAAUGGGAUUCUUGUAUGAAAUGUUCGAAUUGUUACGGCGCAUGCGCAGAGGGCGAAUGGAAUGCAGUGACGUCGACGAUAAACAAAAAGCACCGGCGAUGUUGUUGAAUAAAAUGGAUUUAGCAAUAUUAAGGCAAAAAUUUCGGGGAUCCAUACUGGGGGCAUUAUCAGGCGAUUGUCUGGGAAGUGCGUAUGAGGGUGACCCCCCCAUGACACCUGGAAAUACAGUUAUUCUCCAGAAAAGAUUCGAUACACUGGAGGGAGUUGAUUUUAAAGCACCGGUGAUUCCUUUUACGGAUGACUCUGCUAUGACGAGGGACAUAUCGCAAUCACUGAUUGAUAAAGGUGAUUUGGAUUUGUUAGACUUGGCUAAAAAAUUUGUUAAAAGUUUCUACCAAGAGCCAAAUCGGGGUUAUGGAGCUGGAGUGAUUGUUGUAUUUGAGAAACUAAGAGGAAAUAAAUUUACGGACUUGGAGGGCCCAGCUAGAGAACAAUUUAAUGGACAAGGUUCUCUGGGAAACGGUGCUGCGAUGAGGGUAUCUCCAGUAUCUCUAUUCUGUCACAAUAAUUAUGAUCGUUUAGUAAAUAUGGCGAGAAGACAAGCGAUGUUGACUCACACACAUAAAGACGGAAUUAAUGGUGCUAUUCUGCAAGCAAUAGCUAUCGAGAAAACCAUUUCACUGGAUCCAAAUCAAAAGCUAGAUACUAAAGCAUUUAUCGACGAUUUGAUUGACAAGAUGAAUGACAUUGAAAAGGAUGAUGAAGAAUUCCUAGAGAGGGAGGAAUCUGUUGUUAAACCGUACAAAGCACAACUUACCCGUAUGAAAAAAAUGAUCAAGAAGUCAGUAAAAAAUUCGAAGAGACUUGACGUUGAAGAGGUUGUUAUAAAUUUGGGGACCUCAUUGAGAGCUGUGCACUCAGUGCCCACGGCAAUUUUCUGCUUUUUGUAUGCUCAGAAUCCAAUUCAGGGGAUCAAUACUGAGAAUCCUUUUCGCAGAGCUAUUCAAUAUGCUAUGACACUCGGUGGUGACACUGACACUAUCGCAAGUAUGGCAGGCGCCAUGGCAGGUGCAUAUUAUGGUGAUGGAAGGAUAAACUCCAAUAUGUUAACGCACUGCGAAUGCUCAGAAAAUUUUACCAAAUUGGCAGAUCACUUAUUUGAUAUUGUACAUAAACACUGAUGAAAAAAUAUUUUUGUAUCGUAUAUUGAUUGUUUCGUCACGAGACAUUUUUAUUAUAAUUUUGUAAUAAAAAAAUUGAUGAAUAAUAAAGUCGUUUUUGUCGUUUUUAUAUAUUUACAUAUUUUUAACUAUGGGGGAAAACAAUAGUAUUUCAAUUGUAUUUUUAUGUUUGUAUUUUUUAAUAGAAAACAAUUGCCAUAAUUAAUUUUCAUUAUUUGUUACACUUGACUCAUACUGAAAGUACGAUCAUUAUGGGAAUACAAAAGAUUUAAACAAUAGUAAGUGAUUGCACAAUAAAAUAACGAUGUAGUUUACACAAGAGUUUAUCAAGUGUAUGAAAAUUACAUUGCAUCAUUGUUAGACAUUUGGGUUAUUAUUUUCUGGAAUAAAAACUUUAUCAAAAAUA